AUGCGAGACGAUCAGCAGCCGAUCGUCAAAGAGAUCGGCCUCGGUGGCUUCAGAUAUUUGGUUGAAAAGAACAAAUGGGUGAGAUGUCUCUGGCUUUCGGUGAUUCUUGUCUUCCUCGCAUUGACAACCUACCAGAUCUUUCAACAGAUUCAAAAAUACGCAUCAAAUCCGGUCUCAACGAAUGUCGAGAUCGAAUAUCGAGAGCAAGUCGCUUUCCCGGCGAUCGCCAUUUGCAACAAUAAUCAAUUUCGGCAAAGUUAUCUGCUCGACAAGGAUCUCCAAAACAAGUUAUUCCCAGUCGUGACAACCGCUGCGUUAGACGAUGAUGCCCUAAUAGACGCUGUGACUAGCCCUUACUUUGAACAGGUGAUCACCGCAGCCGCAGAUUGGCCUGCGGUCGAGUUUUUACGCCACGCUACACAUGACAUCAAAACGAUGUUAGCCGGCUGCAUCUUACCGAAUGGAACACGAUGUACCCCAGAGAUGUGGACUCAGUUCUGGACACUCGAUGGCAUCUGUUGGGCACUCAAUUUGGACUUGAACAACACGAUUGAAAUCACCAACUCAGGCAAAAAACACGGUCUCCAGUUGGUGCUGAACGCGGAGAGCUACGAGCGAACGGACACGUGUGGUCGAGUGGCGAACGAUCAGGCCGAGAUCGGAUUUCGGGUGUUAAUCUUCGAUCAAAACGAACGUCCAAUCACAACAUCAGAGGGAAUCGGCGUUUCACCAGGAAUGUCCGUCAAUCUCCCUUUCAAAAUAAAAAAUCGUAAAAAGCUCCCCGGUCCAUCUUGUCAAGUAGCAUCGUCAAGCUCUUCUAUCAAUGAAAUCAACUGUAUGUUGCCCUAUCAAAGAAGAUUACAAGCAAAUCUGAGCGCCGAGAUUGGAGUCCGUUGUCAGCCGGCGUGUGAAUCAACCGAGUAUCUAUCGCAACAAGAAAUCACAUUUCUCCCAAAACAAAUCUUUCCGCUCACCUCCAAUAAAUAUGAUUUAACGAAAAAGAAUCUAAGCGUUCCAAGUAUCGAAAAGCAAUUGAUUCGCGUUGAAGCGGAUGGAAGGCGCGUUUAUAAAAAGAUUCCUCUACAAUGUCAAGAUUCUGCUUAUGUGACUCAAAACUUUACGGACGCAAUAGUGGCAAAGGUUCGUUUCGUUUUGGAAGAGCUCCCGCGCGUCGACUUGCCCACAUUCAAAACGACCCUUCUUCUACUUAGAGCCUACAGAGAGAACAAGAGAAAAUUAGCGUCUCGUGGCUGGCCAUUCGAGGAAAAACUCAAUGAAUCGUAUCCGAUCAUCGAUAUGCUCAUCAAACAAAAUAAUGAGUGCAUCGAUGUGGUGCACAUUUUGAAAAACGAGAGCGAUUCGUUGAAAAAUUUGCGAUCAUUUGACUUUCUUCUUAAAAAGAAACCCUCGGAUGUAGUGAAUUGGGAGCUGCUGAAGAAGUUUGAUCUUGAUUUUCGUUUGACAGAGUAUAUGGCGGAAAGGAUCAAAAAGAAUGAAUUCGCCGAUUUGAUCCACGAUACGGCGUUGGUGCCAUUUUUUCAUGAGGAAUUUCCAAAGUACUGGACCCAACCAAUUAUGGACUUUCUAUGGGAUGCCCGGAAAGCAAUAAAAGACGACGGGAAACAAUUGAUCGAGAUUUUGAUGAAAAAAGUGCCACUUGAAGAGACAAAUCUGACGACGUGUAUUCUCGAGAAACUCCCCGCUUUCAUCGCCACUCAACUCGAGGACUUUCGCUUUCAAUCACAACAACUUGGGAUUGCUUUCGACGCCGUCUUCAAAGAUUAUUUUGGGGAGUUUCGACAAAAAUCUCGUAUCAAUAGCGAUUUUGAGAGAGAAAACAUUGCAAUUGUCAACAUUUAUUUACAAUCGAACGCCGUUGAAACGUGGACUCAAAAUGCUGACUAUACCUUUUGGACGCUAGCCUGCGAUGUUGGAGGAGCACUUGGGCUAUUCCUUGGUGCUUCGGUGGUGACAAUUCUCGAGAUCAUCUAUAUCUUUUAUCAACACUACGAACAUUGGAAACGCCCGGGAAAACAGAAACGAGUCGCUCCCGAUCAACCACUCCCACACAACACACAAGACGUUGAGCUUAAAAUGAAAAAGAAAUCUCAAGAA